UGCCUUUGAAGUGAAGACAGGAGUAUGACAAGUUUGCCUACUAUCAACGAUGAUUUUCCUGAUUGUGGUCGACAGGACUGCACUGGAUCAUGCAAGAGACUGUGAGUAGCGAGAAGAUGAGCAUACGCUGGCUGAACCGCUGUAAAGACCCCAGAAGAAAAUCUGUAUUUCGCCAAUCAUGAUUUAUGCCUAAUGUUGCGCACAAACUCAAUAAUCUACAGGUGAAAACUAACAAAUUGGCAGAAGAGGCGAGGCAGCGAAGAGAGACAGGACUUCAGGUGAAUGUAGAGAAGUCAGAGGUGAUGAAGAUACCCAACCAACAACAACAAAAACAAGCACCAGUCACCAUCAACGGGAUAGAUCUAAAGGAAGUAGUCUCUUUCACCUACCUACCCAGGCAGGCAGCGACACAGAUGAGGGUAUCAAAGCCAGCAUCGGAAAAGCAGUAUAGGCCUUCGUCAAUCAAAAAUAAUCGGUGUGGAGAUCUACUACAAUCAGCAUAAAGCGUGAACAACAUC